UACGAAAAACCACCGGUGGGGCAUAGUAUAAAAUCAGAGUGUCGGAAGUGAGUGAAAGUGAAAUCUCUUGCACGUCUCUCCGCGACCAUAUCUCCACUUACUGUGCCGUUCCUUCACGCCGAAUUCUCGUCAACAGAAUGUGGAUCCUCGCGUUGGUGCUGUUCAGUGUCUUCGUGGCACUCCUCUCUUAUUUGGACAUGAGAAAACCCAAAAACUAUCCACCGGGUCCCAAAUGGUUGCCGGUACUGGGCAGUGCGCUAACCGUGGCUUCACUCCGCAAACAGACCGGAUACUUGUACCGGGCCACGAUAUGUUUGGCGGAAAACUACGGUCCCAUCGUAGGCCUAAAGGUGGGCAAGGACCGACAGGUGGUGUGUUGCGGUUACAACGCCAUCAAGGAGAUGUUGACAAAGGAAGAGUUCGACGGGCGCCCGCAAGGGCCGUUCUACGAGACCCGGACUUGGGGCACUCGCAGAGGUCUUUUGCUGACCGACGAAGAGUUUUGGGUUGAACAGCGUCGAUUCGUGUUGCGUCACUUGCGCGAGUUUGGUUUCGGCAAAAGGACCAUGGCCGAGCUGGUCCAGGAAGAAGCCGUUCAGCUGGUCGAAAUGUUCAAGGAGAAAAUCGCCAAUUCCAAAAACGGCCGUAGCAAGAUAUUUGCCAUGCGCGACGCGUUCAGCGUGGGCGUCCUCAACACCCUAUGGUCCAUGAUGGCCAGCAAGAGAUACGACCCCGAAGACAAAGAACUCAAAGACUUGCAGGCGCUACUCACCGACUUGUUCGCUAAUAUCGACAUGGUGGGAACGCUCUUCAGUCAAUUCCCGUUCCUGAGGUACGUGGCGCCAGACGCUUCUGGAUACACGUCGUUCGUUAACAUCCACCAACGCGUAUGGGCAUUCCUCAGAGAAGAGCUGGACAACCACAAAAAAACGUUCGUGCUAGACCAGCCUCGUGACCUAAUGGACGUGUACUUGCAAAUGUUGCAUUCGGAUGACAAGAAAGACAGCUAUUCCGAAUCUCAACUACUAGCCAUCUGCAUGGACAUGUUCAUGGCUGGUUCGGAGACCACGAGCAAGUCGCUAGGAUUCGGAUUCCUUUACUUGCUUCUGAACCCAGAAGUACAGAAAAAGGCGCAAGAAGAAAUUGACAGAGUGAUCGGUCGCGAUAGACUGCCUACCCUUAACGACAGGCCCAACAUGCCGUAUUUGGAAGCUCUGGUGCUGGAAUCCGUCCGGGUGUUUAUGGGUCGUACGUUCAGCAUACCACACAGAGCGUUGAAGGACACGACUUUGCAGGGUUACUAUAUUCCUAAAGACACCAUGGUCAUUGCCAACUUUGCCGCUCUACUCAACGACGACGACGUUUGGGAUUCUCCUGAGAAAUUUUUGCCUGAAAGGUUCAUCGGCGUCGACGGCAAGCUCAUCGUUCCCGACGAGUACUUGCCCUUCGGAUACGGCAAACACCGUUGCAUGGGUCAAACCCUGGCCCGAUCGAACAUAUUCCUGUUCACGGCCUGUCUUUUGCAAAACUUUGACUUCGCCAUCCCACCGGGCCAAAAUCCGCCAAGUACUUUGGGAGUGGACGGUGUGACUCCAUCGCCGGGAGAAUUCGACGCCUACGUCACACUGCGUUCGUGAUAACGCAAUGACAAUCGUUCUAACAUUACUAUACAAGACAUCAUAAUAACACGCUUUGACUACUAUGAUACCGGACCAUCUCGGCUAGUGGCAUCCGCAGACGAGCCCAAUAAAGGAUCUUUAUUUUUGUAAAAAUUAACUCUAAUAUAAUAUUGUCCUUGUCGUUUACUAUCGACACGUUACCUAUAAUUUAGAAUAAGCUCAUCGCGUACAAGAACGUUAUAAUAUUUAAUAACGUUGAUUUUAUAAUAAUACACUACGUUAUAGAGAUCGACGCCAUCCCGUUGUUGAAAGUGGUAACGAGUGACUGACGUUCAAGUGCGGUAGUACUUGUAGGAUACAUUCCCUACUUAGUUGGAACCCUCUUGAACUCAUGUCUGUCGCUGUCGUUUUUCACAAUAGGGAGCAGGCUAUUAUAUUGAUGACUUAUAUAUAAUUGUAUAUUUUUAAAUCAAUGCAUUAAUGUAAUAAUUAGUUUUAUAGUAUUAUGAUAACUCGUCGUCGGCAGCUCGUGUCAAACCUACAAACGCACAAUUGACACACUUGCUUAUUUAGUUUUUUUUUAAACCUACCAUAUACUCAUAUCACAAGAUUAAGAUACGAAUUAAUGUUUGAGAUUUUGUGGUUAUAACUUGAGCCGUCGACGAUGUAAUGAAUUGACUGACGGAUCGAACUUUGUCCAAAUCCGAAAAAUAAAUUUGUACUUAUAAUUAUUGUAGCUGUAUUAAUUUUUUUUCCAAUAAAUUCUACAUAACUUAAGAACGUG